AAGAUUUUGCAGACAUUUCCAACGAGUUUAACGACUUGAAUUUCAAUUGAAUAUCUAUUUCUUUUAUAUCAAAGUACAGUAACAAAAAAGUUUAACGUGUUUUCUCAUUAUCGAUUUGCAACGCAAAAAAACCCAAGAUUUUUUUUGGAUCAUUUUCUGUUCCUCAUUAAAUUUUCCCGGUAUAUCAGCAGACCCGGCAGACAAUUUGACCUUAUAGCCUGUGAUGUAAUUGAUACUUUUAAACAUACUUUUAAUUACAAUUAUCAGUUAUAAUUUUUUUGUGACCAUGAGCCCACCAAAAACUCUUUCAUAGAGGAGUCAAAUGCGUUACAUUUGAAAGUGAUUCUUUAAUAUGGCCAGAAAACCGAUAUUAAUGCCCUCUUUCACUUGGUAAUGUAAAGAAUUUCAAGGCCUUCUGUGUCAGCAAGCCGGGGAAUUUUUAUGUUUUCUGUAUAAACAUACGCCCCGAUUUUUUGACUCGCGAGAUAUACAUGGGAAUAGUGACUCAUUCACUAUUGAAGAGAUUGCGUCACUGGGCCGAUAAAGUUUUAGCCGGAAUAGAUGAAAUUCAGUCUUUUGGUGGUGCUCAAGAGAAUAAGAUUCGUGACUUGUUUUGUUCUCAUACUCGCAAUAUCCAGUACGAUGGCCGAUCCAGUUCCAGUGCCCAAGAGCUUCUCCAAGUUCGCCAUUCAACUUUAUCAGCAAUGCGUUGCUGAGAAAGGUGGUAAUGUCAUUAUUUCCCCAUUCUCAGUCCAAUCAGCUCUCAGUUUGGCCUUUAUGGGGGCCACUGGAGACACUGCCAGGGAAAUGUCCACCACAAUGGGCUACGAAAAUCCAGAUAGGAAUGCCAUUGCAGAUAAUUUCGCCACAUUGCUCUCUACCUACAAAGAUAGUCCCCUACUGAAGAUUGCCAAUAAGAUUUAUGUGCAGAAUAAGUACAAUGUUAAGGCGCAAUUUAGUGAGAUUGCCACAAAAAAAUUCAAUUCUGAAGCUCAACCCCUCAAUUUUGCCGACAAUGUUAAUUCGGCCAAGACUAUUAACACAUGGGUUGAGGACAGAACCAACAAUAAGAUCAAGGAUCUUAUUCCAGCUGAUGCUCUCAAUGAGGAUACCCGAAUGGUUCUGGUAAAUGCAAUUUACUUCAAAGGACUGUGGGAGAAUAAAUUCAAGGUUGAGAACACCAAAAAGAUGCCUUUCUGGACUACCAAGGAUAAUUCUGUGGACGUUGAUAUGAUGCACACUAAAGCCGACUUUAAGUACGGCGUAUUCGACGAUUUGAAGGCUGUGGCUCUGGAAAUGCCCUACAAGGAUUCCGAUUUGUCUAUGUUGAUCAUUUUGCCCAAUGAGCGCGAUGGUUUGGCUGAUCUAGAGAAGGCCCUGGGUAACAGGGAUCUCUCUGACAUCACUAAGAAUAUGUACAAGACCGAAGUCAUUGUGGAUAUUCCCAAGUUCAAAAUUGAAUACGAAAUCGAAUUGAAAACCGUCCUGUCAAAAAUGGGAAUGGCUAGAAUGUUCAGCGAUGCUGCAGAAUUUGGGGAUUUGCUCGAGGAGAAUGACCCACUUAAAGUUUCCAAGGUUAUCCAUAAAGCCUUUAUUGAUGUUAAUGAGGAGGGUGCUGAGGCAGCUGCUGCUACCGGUAUCCUCAUUAUGCUUGCAUCUGCACCGAUGCCAGUACGAGUUACCUACUUUACUGUCGACCAUCCCUUUUUCUUUGUCAUUUUAAAGGAUUCCAGUAAUUCUAUCUUUAGUGGCAGAAUUUCCUCCUUUGCCAAAUAAUUCAUUAUUGUAAAACAAAAAAAAAUGAGUUAAAAUGUGAUUUUGAUGACGAUUUUAAUGGAAAAAUAAAAUUAUUUCAGCAGUAAUUUUGGAUGCAGUGCUGUCACUUCUAGAUGAUCCGAUUCCAAUUGCAUUUACGGCAAAUCAUCCGUUUUUCUUUGCUAUUUUGAAUAAGGAUUUAAUUUACUUGGCAGGAUCAAUUCAAAUGUGCACAUUGAUGUGAAAAGUUUAUACUUUAUUAUCUACCUCAAACUUAAAAAAAAAAGUUAUCUGCAAUCUGACGUAAACAAAA